CUUGCAAAGCUAGUUACCCAGGCAACCCGUGCUUAACAAAUUCAGUUCUCAGUUCGAAAAAAGUAAACAAAUAUUUUCAAUGGAGGGAACCUUAAAGGAGGAUUGGAAGAUAACGUCGGAGGAGCUCAUCCGUCUGCGGGAGAGCUGCCUGCAGUGCAUCCGUGAUGGGGAACUCUACGAGCUGCGCAACGAUGCCAAGCUGCGGGCUGUCUAUAGCACCCAGACCUACGAGGAAUUCAAUAGACGCAGCUCAUCUUCGCCCAGUGUCCAGGAGCGAUAAGGCCAACGCGAAGACGAAGAACCGCCUUUGGAACUCGGCCGCCCGAGAUUGAUUGAUCUUUGAAUUUUUGCCCAAUAAAGAAGAAAGCUCUGAGUUAUAA